GUAUCUUUCCGCCUGGAGUUUGAGUUCAGCCGAUCAGUGUUCCUGGACCACGUACGUGUCAUUCUAGAAGCCAGCAGUGACGGAGAGGAGGUUACCUUAGAAGACAAUUUCAACGACAUCUUUCACCCGCUGAAAUACGAGGCUGACCUCCUAUUUACAAGGGACUCCAACCCCUCUGGCUGUGAAAUCAAAGCAGACCUCUCCCUGGAGAUACCAGGAAAUAUUGGUCCUCCAUUUAACUUCACCUUCCAGAUUCAGAACCUGGGCUUCUUUCCCGUGACGGACCUACAGUUGAAUAUCGAAAUUCCAGAGAUGACCAAAAACGGGAACCAGCUGUUGCAGAUAUCGGACUUCCAUAUUGACAAAACAGACGGUACCCGCUGCAUACCCCCUCAACAUGUGGCACAGAGCAGGGCGUCCCCAGAAGACCUCUCUCGAGUCUCACGCCUGAACCAGUCCAAUACUCUGCCUCUGCCAGUCCAAUGCACUGUCAACCUGAACCCCUACAAGGAAGUCAGCGUCAGAAUCAGGGGGGCAUUGCGGUUGGACGCCUUGCAUGCUCUGAGGUUCAAAGUCCUGGAACUGGUGACAAGUGCAACAGUAGAACUUCCACCUUCAAGCCCCAUGUUUCUUCAUGAAGAAAGGCCUGUCAGACAUAUAAUCCUGGAGAUUAGGAAAGAAGGGGAUUACAGAAUCUCAAUCUGGAUUAUCAUUGGGAGCACGCUGGGAGGGUUGUUACUGCUGUCCCUGCUCAGCCUAGCUCUAUGGAAGCUUGGCUUCUUCCAGAGGCAGAAGAGGAGAGAAGAGGAUGAGCAGGAGACCAAUGGAAAGGUGGCAGAGGAGCGGUAACUAACGCAGGCGAGGGACCAGCCAUCACACACACACAGGGGAACCAACACUCAGGGACUGUCCCAUCCCCCCCGACACCACAGCGGUACAGUCCAGAAGGCUCUGCCAGAUGAGACCGUCAGAUCAAGACCUGCUCAGUGCACUGGAUGACCAACUGUACCUGUAUGACCCAUGAGACGUUAGCACUACCAACCAUAAUGCCCUGCCCUUCACUGUACUGCUGAGACUACUGGACCCUCCUCUGUGCCUCGUUACCCAUACCCACCUCUGACCUCUACCCUUUAGCUAGACACCCUUCCCCAUGGUUACCCACCUCUAACCUCCACCCACACUGCCUCUGGUCACCCACCUCUGACCUCUACCCUUUAGAUAGACACCCUUCCCCAUGGUUACCCACCUCUGACCUCUACCCUUUAGCUAGACACCCUUCCCCAUGGUUACCCACCUCUGACCUCCACCCUUUAGCUAGACACUCUUCCCCAUGGUUACCCACCUCUGACCUCUACCCUGUAUCUAGGCAUGGCACCCUUCCUCCUAACCACAUUGAAGAGCGAUGGAGAGAUAUUUUGGUUGAUGAGUCCAUUCCUAUUGGUGUAAUAAUGACUAACUUGGAAAAGGCUGCAGUUAUAGUCAGACAAUGAUUCUGAGGCAAGCAGCUUAAAUUUGAUUCACCUUGGUAGGCUUUGUUUUGAGAUAACUGUACAAGAAGAAACCUCAAGGUGCUGUGCCAACUGCAGGUGGCAAUAUUGGCUUACUAUGGCCUACUGCGCUGACAUGUACAGUACAUACUUCUGGAGAGAAACACAAAGACCAAGAAGUUGGCGGUAUGUGCCAGUAGAUGUGACUCAACCCAAGUGACUUUUAGACAACGGUAUUGUGAACUGAAAAUCUCCAAGACACCAGGACAACAAUUGUCAACAUUCAAGAACCUCUCUGGUGCUUUUGUUUCCAGAGAACUUUGUUUCCAGAGAACUGUUUUUUUGUAAGUCUGUUUUGGAGAUUCCACGUUCCUUCCCCUCUCAUACUAGUCCUACAGUAUCUCCAUUGGAGGAAAAUACAUGGAAUAAAUUCAUAAUUUUGAUGCACUUUUACUUUGUAGAAAUACAAACUUGAAUUUUGUAAAUAGUCAAGUAACUUUUUAUACAUAACCAAGCCUGAUAUUGUGAUUUUCCAGUAUUCCCCACAAGGAUUGUGGCAUUAUCCUGUUCCUCUAGAGACAUGGCAAAUGAGUUUAGCCUACGAGACAAAUACAAAUGGGUUUUCUGACAUGCUUUGCACCACAACAAAUAGCCUUUGAAGAAAGGAUAUGCAUAGAACUAUUCUCCAUGCACCUGUUCUGAGCUGUUGAAGGACGACUUAUUCAGGAUUUCAACAAAAUGGCGUGCUUCAUGUAAUGUUACAUGAUCAAAUGAGGAUCGGACCAUUGGUGUUGUGCUUCUAUGUGCAAAUGAAUCAUUUUCAAAUGUUUUUUUUUUGUCAAUGAAAUCCCUUUUGUUUAUUCAUGAAUAUCAGUGUCCACCCCAUGUGGACGAGGUAUAAAUCAACUCUGAUACAUCUAGAAUAAAAUAUGUCAAAUGUGUUGUA